AUGCAUUCAGAAAACAAGAGGACCUUGUUCAUUGGGCAGGGCGUGCUCGACCGGCACCGGUACGUCCGCACUCGACACACAGGCGCUGUCGGCGAGACGGCACCUGCCAGCGCCCACGGCUGGAACGUUUACGCCCGAAAAGGUGGCGGUGGCGGUGGAAAGCGUGGCAGCAAUCGCGCGGCAGGGCGCCGUCUCACUCAAAACGUCCGCCCCGGACUAGGGACGCCACUGCCGUUCGUUGCACCACCAGACGGCGACAUACGACGCAGUACCGCAGAGCAGCGUAACGCCGAGAGCGAUCGCUCCGCGUCGACGUUCCUGAAAAACUUGCUCUUCCGGCGAGCUGGAACGAGCGCUGAGGGCUCGAGCUCUCGUGACGCGAGUGGCUCAUCGGCAUCGUACACUCCAGAAACGAUCGAUGUGCUGAAGCGUGGUGCCUGGAUCGGGAUUUUCUCACUCAUCGGUCUCGAGUUCUUCAUUCAUGUUCUAUACAAAAAGGACUGGCUCUCGAUAUUGUCGAAACAUCCAUGA